AUGGAUCUGAACACAAUCUUUGGACCUGGUCUUUUGAACAUAGCUGGUAUUAUACCACAUCUUCCAAUCGUGCUAGCUUCUGCAGUAUGGUAUAAAAUCACGCAUUUGGUGGUUGGCCCAUUGCUUCGCAAACUCUUCAUUCCGUACGACCCGAAAAAUCCACCGACUGAAAGAGCGGUUUUCUGGUGGAAUAUUUCUAUGGUCAGUAUCGCUCAGUCAAUAGUCAAUACUGGAGUCUCGAUAUAUCUACUCUGGCACUCUGAAUUCAGAGAAGGGUUGACGCCCCAAGAGAGGAUCCUGGGCUACCACGAACAAACAGCUUCUGCACUUGCGAUCACAGUGGGAUACUUUGUGUUCCACCUCGUCCAGGUAUGGUGUAACGUGGAUGUUGAGGGAAAAUAUAUGCUGGCGCAUUCAUUUGCCACCUUGUUUGCGACAUCAAUAGCCUUCCGACCCCUAUCAAUGCACUAUCAUGGUGCUUUAGCAGCUUGGGAGAUCCCAAACAUAUUCCUGAGCAUUCAGAGACAACUCGAUAACCUAGGGUAUCGCAAAAGUCGAGGUCGUCUGAUCAAUAGAAUGAUCUUGCUCACGACAUACGCCAUUGUGAGACUUGGUUCGGGCACGAUUGUGCUCGGGAGACUAAUAAGUGACAUGAUUGUUACAUAUAAAGACCCCCACCAAGUACGAGUCGAGCAUUUAUUGCCUGGAGUUGGAAAGAUUGGGCAAGACCAACUUCAACUCCCAAUUGUGCUGGCAGUGCUUCAGGCUAGUUCCGUGGCAUUCUUACAUUACCAAGGAUUUACAUGGUUCACCAAGAUCCUGAGAAAGGGCGAUCUUCGAUCCAAUUUGUCUUAA